AUGAAACCUUUUUGCGCAUAUAGUUGGAUGUUUUCUCAACAAUAUAUGGGCACAAGAAAUGUUAAGGAAAAAAGUCCCACCAUAUAUUCAUUUGAUGAAGAAGAAAGAAGAAGUGAAAACAAGAGUUUUUUAAAGGCGUUGUGUUCUAAACGUGCUGUUCUUCCAAUUCUUGGAGUACUAUAUAUCAUUUUAAAUGGUAAUCUUGCAUAUAAUGGAAGUUCAAGUUCUGGCAUACAAUAUACUGACAGAUGCUCAAGAAAUUUAUAUGGAGAACAAUUACCAUUAAACCCAUAUGCUGACACUGAAAACCCAAUAGUUGUAAGUCAAGUAUUUGGUUUACCAACGGAAAAAUCAACUUUUACCUUUGAAGGUAAUCCUGAUAUUGAUCAUACAAAUAUUUUGGGUUUUAAUGAUAAGUUGAUGACUGAUGUAAAUAGAUAUAAAUUUAAUAAUAACUAUGAAGCCAUUCCUCAUACAAAGGAGUUCAAUCCACUUAUUGUAGAUAAAACUCUUUUAGACUUUAACCAAAGGGUUGAUACCAUAGGAAGUAAUGGAGAAGAUAUUAUUAAAGCAAUGCAAACUUUAUGGGAUGAUGUAAUGGAUAUUAAUAGAAAAAAAUAUGCAUUUCUAAAAAAAAAAUUAGAGAAAACUUACAGUCAGUACAAGACUCAAUAUGAUAUGCCAAAAGAAGUAUUAGAGAGCAAAUGGGGACAAUGCUUAAAACUUAUUAAUCAAGGAGGAGAUAACCUUGAAGAAAGAUUGAACAAACAAUUUCAAACCUGGUACAGACAGAAGUAUUUAAAUCUUGAAGAAUAUAGAAGAUUGACUGUUUUGAACCAAAUCGCUUGGAAAGCUUUAUCCAACCAAAUUCAAUAUUCGUGCAGAAAAAUUAUGAAUAGUGACCUUUCUUCUUUUAAACAUAUAGGGGAAUUGAAAAGUUUAGAAAUGAGAGCAGCAAAGGCGGCAGCAGAAGAAAUGAAGAAAAGAGCAGAAAAGCUGCAAAAAAAAAAAAGAAGAAGAGGAUGGUUAUGUUGUGCGGGUGAAGAUUACGAAAAAGUUGAACCACAACAAGAUUCAGUAGAAGAAGUUGGAGAACAACGAAUAAAUGAAUAUGGUGAUAUAUUACCAUCUUUAAAAGCUAGUAUUAAAAAUUCAGCUGUUAACUUUUAUGAUACCGUAAAGGAUGGUGAAUAUUUGGAUGAUGAUUCAUCAGAUGCUCUUUAUACAGAUGAAGAUUUGUUGUUUGAUUUGGAAAAACAGAAAUAUGCUGAUAUGUUAUCUGCAUCUGAAGAAGAAUCUGUUGAUGAAAAUGAGGAAGAAGGAUCUGUUGAUGAAAAUGAAGAAGAACAAACUGUUGAUGAAAAUGUAGAAGAACAAACUGUUGAUGAAAAUGUAGAAGAACAAACUGUUGAUGAAAAUGUAGAAGAACCAACUGUUGAUGAAAAUGUAGAAGAACCAACUGUUGAUGAAAAUGUAGAAGAACCAACUGUUGAUGAAAAUGUAGAAGAACCAACUGUUGAUGAAAAUGUAGAAGAACAAACUGUUGAUGAAAGUCAAAUACAAGAAGAAAUAUCUACUAUUCAAGAAAAUAUAGAAGAAGCUGUUAGUGAAGUUCAACAAGAUUCAGAAGUAGCUCCAACAAUUGAAAUACCCGAUACAUUAUAUUACGAUGUAUUAGGUGUUGGUGUUAAUGCAGAUAUGAAUGAAAUUUCUGAACGUUAUUUUAAGUUAGCUGAUUUGUACUAUGAAAAUCAAAAAUCAGAUCUUUCUGAUUUCCACAACUUUAGAAAAGUCAACGAAGCCUAUCAAAUUUUAUCAGAUAUUGAUAAAAAAAGAUGGUACAAUAAAUACGGAUAUGAUGGAAUAAAAAACGUGAACUUUAUUAAUCCAUCCUUGUUUUACUUUUUAUCUAGUUUAGACAGAUUGAAUUCUUUUACCGGAACGCCCAAAAUAGCAACUCUUUUGAGAUUCGUUUUUGAAAAGAGAUUAUCUAUGAAAGAUUUUGAGAAUAAAAGUAAACACUUAUUAAAAUUUUUGGAAGAAUAUCAAAAAGAAAGAGAACUAUAUGUAUCUGAAUCUUUAUUAAAUAUUAUACAACCAUAUAUAGAUGGCAAUGCAGAAUGGAAUCUACCAAUUAUAGAAAAACUUGAAGGUGUAAUGAGAUCUCACUUUGCUAAACCAAUAUUAGAAUCUUUAAGAUUUACAUUUAAACAUGUUGCUAAAAGCCAUUUGAAAAAAUCCAAGAAAUCAAUUAAAAAACUUGAAGCUGGAUCUCAUAAUAAUAGAAAGGAAUUAUCAAAUAUAAAUGAUAAUCUAAUGAGUACAUUGAAAAAAUAUUUAGGAACUAGUGAACAAAUAAAUUCAAUAAUAUACAAUUUAGAAAACACCAAUUCUAAUGUUGAUACUGAUAACAAAUCAAUCAAUAUUUUAGACCUAAGUGAAACAGAUCAGACCAAAAUAUUAGAAACAAUUGUUAGUAAUAUAGUAGAUAUUUCCAUUGAUGAUAUAGAGAAGACAGUUUUUAAUGCCGCUGAACACAUAUUGACAGAUUCAUCAGUAGAUGAAAAAACUAUUACAAAUAGAGCUAAAUCAUUAAAAGAAUUAUCAGCCAUUAUGGAGAAAUUUGCAGGUAGUAAAAAAGGCGCGAUAAAAGCAAAAAAAUAUGAUACCAGAGAUAUUGUAGAAAAUAUUAUUCAUGGAAUAAUCACAGUUAAGGCAGAGCAAGAAAAGGAAAGAUCAAAUGCAAAUGUAUACCAAUAUACAGAAGAAAAUGCAGAAGAAAAUGCAGAAGAAAAUGUAGAAGAAAAUGUUGAAGAAAAUGUAGAAGAAAAUGUUGAAAAUGUAGAAGAAAAUGUAGAAGAAAAUGUUGAAAAUGUUGAAGAAAAUGUUGAAAAUGUUGAAGGAAAUGUUGAAAAUGUUGAAGGAAAUGUUGAAAAUGUUGAAGGAAAUGUUGAAGAAAAUGUUGAAAAUGUUGAAGAAAAUGUUGAAAAUGUUGAAGAAAAUGUUGAAAAUGUUGAAGAAAAUGUAGAAGAAAAUGUAGAAGAAAAUGUUGAAAAUGUAGAAGAAAAUGUAGAAGAAAAUGUAGAAGAAAAUGCUGAAGAAAAUGUAGAAGAAAAUGUAGAAGAAAAUGCUGAAGAAAAUGCUGAAGAAAAUGCUGAAGAAAAUGUAGAAGAAAAUGUAGAAGAAAAUGCUGAAGAAAAUGUUGAAGAAAUACCAGAAGAACACAAUGAACAAUAUGAUGAAUAA